AUGUCUGACAGAAAAGGGAAGCAGCCAGUCAGCUCCCAUCGUCCAUCACAACUGCGAAACGAAAUCAUCCCUGACUCUAGCGACAAUGAGCGUGUCGUCAAUGAGAGUGUCGUUCAGGUACCCGAUAGUGACACUGUCGUUCUUGAGACACAGUAUGACCCACAACCCGCGUAUAUUCCCAAUGGCUCCGAGCACGACCGUGGAAAUAUCUGGAGGCAGAGCUCAGAGCAGCCGAACACGGCAGACGAAGCUCUUCUCUCGCGUUGCGGGCUUUCGAAGAAAACCGGAUUAACAGUAGACUCCACGUUUGUAGUCAAGCAACUCGAGAGGCCGAAAGAGGUACAAGGAACUGCUUUCUCAUUCGCAAGUCCAAGUUUCGUCACUAGACCUGCGCGGCAAGUGCCUCUCACAUUGGGCACACAUGAGAACGCGACGUUUACUCCGAAACCGUCUGCUUCUACAACCCAGAGCACUGCUUCUCGGCAUGUCGAUGGGAUUUCAGCGAAUGAACCUAAGGAACUUGAGCAGUUCCCUGAAAUGUCUGUCGUGCAUUCUAAUAAUCCAGUCCAUCAAGGCUCUCAGGCGGUGCAGGCUUCAUUCGUGCCUCUUGAGAUAGACACAACUGCUGCAUCAGGUGUGGACCCCGCAUCUGCAGCUUUCAAGCAGCCCGUUGGUGAUCUCAUUACCGAACAUCAUCCAGCUCAAAAUGAUCGCCCAGCCGAGGGGUUGCGUUCCGAACGCCGUGCUAAGGGAAAGAAGACGAAGAAGGGACGGAAAUCGAAGCUGCGCCCCACUGAUGCCACUGCUAUGGUUGCCACCGCCGCUUGGCCGCUGGAUUCCCAGCACCAUGAUCUUGCUACCUCAGAGCAUACCCCUACGACCAAAAAGGACCAGGUGUGUCCGGAAUCGCAAGAGAAACAGGCGUCUAUUCCGAGGGACGAGUACGCAAUGGCAGAGGAAUCACCUCAGUCCCACCAUUCUGCAGCCGCACCUAUAGCUUUGCAUAACGCAAGAAACGAUCAUGAAACUUCUCAAUCUCAAGACUACUCAAUGACCAUACUUCCCGUAGAAGCUAUGGAAGCGACACCUGGCCAAACACCUUUACGGCCCAACGAUAAGACCAUGUCCUUCGAACCUCAAAACAGCCCACCCGCGCAUGCUGUAUCGAGUGGCCAUGAUGGGGACACGGAGAAUGGCUCAGGACAUCAUGAUACCCGCUGCGUCAGUAAAUCCCAGACUGUCGCACGUAGGCAUCUGGAGGCAGAGAACCGUACUGUCAUGCACGAGACUUCCGGUAAUGAAGGCAUCCAACCGGUGUGGCAUGAUCAUGACAGCAUAACGGAGGCGACUUUGAACUUCAAAGAAGCUCAUGGUCCGACGAGCGACAUCCAAGACUUGGCCCAACCAGAGGCUUCUGCUGCCCGUGCCAGCCCUUCUCACUCUCAAGCCCAAAGCAAUGUCUCUGAAGCUCAUAACGGAUCUAACCACUUGUCCCAACCGCAGCAAGUCCACGAUUCCAUGCUCCACGAGAAAAUGGGCCGAGACUCGUCCAACCGCGUCAGCAAAUUGCGAACCAAGAAGCGCACGAAGGGCCCAUCAACACCUCCAGACUUGAGGAAUCUCGACCACGGGACGACUCUCCCUACGUCUCCUGAUAAUGAAGUCAUACUGAACAUGAUGGCCAUGUGUCUUCGUGCUGGCGAUACUAAGGCGCGCAAUAUUGUUGACACCAAUGCAAAAGCCCAUGAUGAUGCUGUCGCUUCAUUACGGGAGACCAUUGGCCAACAGAAUAACUUCAUCCAAAAUCUACAGGCUCGAAACGAUGGCCUUCACGGUAGGGUACAGAAGUUAUCCGAGUCGACCACUCAGUUGCAGAAGUAUGUGAAAGGCAUGGAAGGCGACUACGCUAGGCUCAAGAGCCAAGCCGAAGCCCACCGCAAGACGUGCGACAGGCUUGUGAGGGAUUCAAUUCACGAACCUGAACAAGAGAGAUCAGUGCUGAAGCGUGAAUUCGUAAAGACCGUCGACGCUUUGAGCUCCAGCCAGCGACACAUGAGAGCCGCGAUGAACGACUGCUUCAGCCAGCUCAUGUCUUCCGAAAACAAGUACCUUGCUGUCAGCAAGCAACUGCACAAGCUGACUGCCGAUUAUGAUGAGGAAAAGAAGAAGAGUUUGAAUUUUGAGCAACAAAUCUUGCCUGCUGUUCAAGCCAUACAGGCUAGUCUGGAUGAGAACCAAACAGUCAUAUUGGAGAAGGUGGGUAAAGUUCAACGCUCUUUGGAUGACACUUCGGCAGAAAAAGAGCGGGACGUCCGUCUGAAAGAAUGUUUAGACGCCCUUCGUAGCCUUCAAGCUAAUCCAGCACUUACCAUACACGACGUACGGAAAGCGGAAGCCAUGCUGCGGUUCAUCCAUGAAAGCAUUGGCUCCAAGAUGAGCGACAUCACUCGGUCCGUGGAGAAGAUCCAGGAUCCUACCGAAGAUAUUCGAGCCUACAUUGGAGACCAGCUUGCUACGCUACGUGAGGAUGUCUUGAGAAAUGAGGAUGUAUCUGAAGAAUGUCAAAAAACGCAGCAGUCCAAAGAGCACUUCCUCCAGCAGUUGGAAGUGCAAAAGGAACAGUGCGCGAAGCUCGAGGGGGCGAUACGUAGCUCCCGGCAGCAAGAGGCGGAUGCGAAAGCUCGAUGCUCUUUUCUAGAGUCUGAGCUUGAGGCCUGGAAAGGGAAGUCGUGCAAUCACGACAGUGACUCCGCUCAAAUUGAAGAAGAGGCAGGAAAUCUUCGACAACAGCUCGAGAAAGCCAGGGAAGAUUUACGAGGAGAGCUCACUGAGCUCGGUCGUGUUCAACAAAGACUGGAGGAUCAAGCAAUGGAAAUGUCCAUUAUAAAGGCGACUCUGGAUGAGAAAGAGGCCUCAUAUCAGGUAUACAUCAACAAGAUCACACAGGAAAGAGCUGCUAAGAUUGGCCUUCUUCGAGAGUCCCAAAUCGAGAAGGAUAAGUUGGCCGGUGAUCUAAGCCACGCCGAAAGCAAGAUCCGCGAACUGGCUUCCGAAGCUGAAAAGGUGCGUGGUGCAAACAUCCACAUGAAGAAAGAUUUGCAGAAGGCUCAAUCGGCUGCCCAAGAAGCAUCUUCUUUGGCUCCCGAGCUUGCGGACCUUAAGAGACGACUUACAGAGAAAUCGGACGAGGCUCAAUCGGCUACUGAUGAGGCGGCUUUGAUGUCUUCUCAGCUCAUAACCCUCAAACAACGGAUGGCGCAAGCGUCGGAAGCGCAACGCUCCAAGGAGGAAGAUCUCAAGAACACCCAGGCGGAGCUUACACGUCUGGUCAACGAAGCAGCAGAUCUUUCUCGAGAGAAGCACCAAAUCAAGAACCAACUCAAUGAACAUGUGUCAACUAUUGCAGAUCUCAAAGAGAAGAUCGGUACCGCGCACAGGGCACAGGAGAAGAGCGCUGCAUCAGUGAAACAAUUGCAAAGCAGUACAGAAGUGAUGCGGAAGGAUAAGGAUCAAUUGGCGCUACAGAUUUCUGCGGAGCAAUCCAAGGUGAAAACUUUGAGGAAGGAAAUGGAUGCUCGAGAAAACACACGUCGGAAAGACAUGGAUGCGUUGGAUAGCUUGCAACAUCGACUGGAAAAUCUACACGAAGAGAAGCAAGAGUUGGAAUUCAAACUGGGACGUUCUCGCGCUACUGAGAUCAAGUUGAGCGAAGCUCAAGCGGUGUACUCCUCCGAGAAGGAGGGCCUACAGCUCGAAUUGGCGAAAUUGCAAGCAUCCUUGGAAGUCAAGAACGAUGAGCUGCGACGCACAAAAGCCGACUAUAUCGAGAAGUCAAAAAAGGCUGAAGAGGAUUACGCUGGCAGGUCUAACGAACUUAAGCGACGCAUUAGCCAAACUGAAACAGCCUUGAAAGCGGCAGAGAAGACUGCAGAGCACAAGAGUCGUGAGCUUGAGGCCCACAAGGAGGCUACCUUGAAGAAGUUUGAAUUGCUCGUUCAGGAGGCUCAGAAUCAAGAGAGCUUCCGGCAGGGAAUACACAGGAAGCCCCAACACGAGCUGUUCGUACGGGACCCACGACUCCAAGAAUCGUCUUCGAUGCAUGCGGUCGGGUCUCAACCACAGCGGCCACACUCCGUCGCAGACGUGGGUGCAUGUCACGAGGAGCCUUUCGAGACUAGAGUGACGAAGGCGAGGAAAAAGCCUAACCGGGGGAACUUGACGGUCCUGAACGUUGCAGAUUCCUCGCACACCCAGUCAACACCGCUUUUGCGACUACCUAACGCCGUGUUAGACGUCCAUCACGAUGCAGAAGAAGGUAAUGCCCACAGAGGUUUUAUCCAUGCUGCAGUUACGAAUGAGUUUGGUGCUCGGGAGAUGCUCGACGAGAAUGGCAUCUCAUCCAUAGAACCUGCUGGAGACGAGUCUCAAGAGCCGCAGCGUGCGCUAGUCUGUUCCGCAGGGGCUUUCGAUCACAGCAUGAAGGCCAUGACCAGGCCCAGAACAGCGGAGACUUCGUCUAGUGUACUCUCUGAUCCUCUAUCGUCUGACGAUUUGAUUGACAUGGAUCCACUCGAGCAAGGCACUGUACCUGUCAGCCUUGGCAAUGGUUACGGACGCUUCAAGCUUGAGGAGGGUCCGCGAGGGGAUCAAUACCACGGGACACCACAUCGCUCUUCUCGCCAUUCUCUACACGGAGCGUCUUCUCUGCCUCAAGACCGUCCCAAGUCGCAGGCAAAUACCGGCUCCAGGAUGCUUCCACCAGCCACACCUACUGUAUCUUCCACAAAGAACUAUCGGUCUCCCGCGAAUGCAGGACUUCGUAUCCCGGCGAAGAGCGCACGAACUGGAGACGAAGCUCAAUUUGGAAACACCGUAUCCAGCUCACCCGACUAUGUCCAUCGCCCUGUGUCCAAUCAAAAGACAUAUGGUAAUUACAGCAAUCCGUCUGCAGAGUCGCUUGCUGGUACACCAUCCAGAAUAUCUCGUCCAAGUGUACACAGUCCAACGAAAAAGCGGAAGGGGCCGGGAGGUGGUGCUUCGGAGAAUGCGCCAUCGAAGCGUCUUCGCGCCUCACCCCGUGUGAGCUCGUCACAGUCAACGCUGUCUUCCCAGCCUGCCCAAAUUUCUCAGAUUCAAUCCCAAAGCCCCUGCAUCAUGCCAAAUCCACGCACUCGCCGUUCCAAGGGUCGAAGGCGUAGCGACGAAUUCGACGCAAUGUUUGACCGGGAGCUCCAGACGGGACCCAGUCGCCGGCCGCGUUGA